GCGUAUUUGCAGUAUUACGGUAAACCCUCCAGGAGGUUCUGUACGUGGCAGCGGCUGAACCCCACUCUGUCCUCCUCAUAACCCCGAGGUGCCAAGUGAGAUAGUGUCUUCGCGUUGAAGUCUGACAUUACUCUUCAACCCCCAAGAGAAAGCAGGUAAGAAAACUUCAGAUUAUGUGCUUUUUUUAAUCCAGAAACACCACCCUUUCACCGUUGUUAGGUGGCUGAACCGUAGAGCUCGCGUGCGUACCGAACAUGCUGGGAUGGUUGUCAAUAACCGGGUUCAACAGGUUUUCUUCGGAGGGGACCUGUGUUACAAGACACCCCAAACUUUGUGUUUCUGCGAGGGUAAAGCUACACUAAACUACUCGGCCUUUGGCGUCUUUAAUAAUUCCGACAUGUUGGUUGUAGUGAAACACAAGAGGUGGAGGCUCGGUUUCUCUCAGCAGACAAACGGGAAGAAAGUUUUUUAAACUUUGCGCGAACUUUUUGUGACAGAGCAUCCGACACUGAGGUACUUAGGUAACACGACUUUGUCAUGUAUCUGUUUCUUUUUCGGAAAUGACACUUAUUUUUACACGUUAACUGGACAAACGGCAGCAAUUCACGCUGGUGGAGACUCUCUCAGGACCCAAACGGCUGAAAGUGUUUGAGAAUUUCUAGAAACAACUAUCUCGGCAUGACGUCACGGGCACAGUCAGUAUCCAGCUGGAAGUGAUGGAGGCCAGAUCCAGGAUCAGCGAAACAAGGGUGGAUGUUUUUAAGGUUUAACGCGCUGUUCUGGUGUCAAAGUGAUUAAAAAAAAUCCACUGAACAACUUUUUUUUUAACCGGAGAAACAGUUGCUAUGAAAAGUUAACACUCAAGAUAAGCAGAUUUUGACACAUUGCAGUAGGCCCCGGCCGAUGCCGAUACCGAUUAUUAGGGGGGAUCCGAUUACCGAUUAAUCGGCCGAUUUUUAAAAUCAACAUCAAGUAUUAAAAUUUUGUUAAUUUAAGUAUAUAUAUAUAUACAUUGAUACCGUUUUUUUUUUGCACUAUAAGGCACACUUAAAAUCCGUUUGGCUUGUCGGAGCUCUGCAGCUACCGUAUCCUUGCAGAGUUAUCAAACUGUUUUGGUUGGCUUAAUGCGCUUUAUAAUCCGAUGCGCUUUAUGUGUGAAAAUAGACGCAAAUAGACAUGUUCAUCGAUGGUGCACCUUUUAAUUAGUUGCGCCUUAUAGUGCGAAAAUUACGGUACUAUUUUUUUUCACAAAUGGCUGCUUUUGAGCCUUUCAAACACUUAAAAGAAUUAAAGGCAGAAAACUCAUUUUUUCCAACUCAAAAUGAGGAACACUCGAUAUACUGAAGGCUACUGCUCUUCACACUGACAGGAAGACCGACUGAUCAUCUCAGUAAUAUUUCACGAAUCUAUCGUGAAUCAAACUCGGACCAGAAAAGGGUUUUCAACUGCGUUGUUCAAAUCACCAGAACUACAGAUGUUAAAAAUGCAUCAGGAGCAGCAGACUAAAGCCAGGUGUCCUCAAACAUGUUAUUAGAGGAGAGCAAUAGACAACAGCUUCCACUAGUGACAUGGAGAACUUUUUAUGGGACACGACUACAUGAUUGGGUAAAAAGGAUGAUAAGUCAACACAGAGGUCACCCAGACUGGCAAAGCUAACACACCAGUGUCAAUGCAUACCAGCAAUAUUUGUGCCUUUUGAGCAUGUGUUUCCUGCCACUGGCAUACCGACACCGAAACAAGUGGGCAUGCAUAUUUUUUAAGUAAGACUAAGUAGACAUCAAACUGGACACAACAAGUCUGAAUUUAUUCAGAAUCUGUUCAGUUCUUCUGUUGACAAUCUUAUCAGAUAGGUAUGCAUAUCCUCAAAUCUGCGCAGUAUAAAUCACUGUACGCCUUUAAACUGAAAGAGGUGAAUGAAUUCGUUCACCCUGAGCAAAUACCAUAAAAUGUCACUGUACACACAGUCCCAGUACGAAGAGUUGUAUAGAAGCCGGGUUCAUGAUGCCCUGCAGUGAUUUACAUGAAACAUGAUGGCAAUAAUUGGAUCUGGCAGCCAUUGAAAUGUGUAUAAAUGGAGGGCAAAGAAUGGAGGGAUGCCAUCAAUCUGUCAGAGUUAAUUAGACUCGAUGGCAGGUGACUUGCUUGUUCAAGAGGAUGUAUUUUUAGCUGUAGCUGUCAAGUAGAACCGCAAUCUGAUGUAGUAUCUGAGCACUUCAAUGUGAUCUUAGUAGGCUUUGCUAAAUCUGUCUCCUGUAUUUGCUUCAUCUCUAUCAUUGUCUGUUUUUAUAAGAGAUAAUGAAGCAUUAAUUUUGAUUUAUUGCAAGGGUGUUAUCUUAUUUUAUUAAUCUUCAUUUAUAUGGGCCUCCAGUGUUUACAUACCAUAAAAAGCUUAUGGAAGUGGAUUUUUGAGCAUGUGUGGUCAUGUAGCUGUCUGGAUGUAAACGAGAGCUUGCAACUUUGACCCCGGCUGUAUCUCCAUUCAUACUUUACUGUUUAAACAAAUCGCACUGAGUAAAUAUUUACUCUGUAGUUAGAGUGAUGUGCUUUUUCAGAGCUGAACCUGCAUACAUGCAAUAAUCUGGCUAAGGAUAAUCAAAGCGAGAACAGUCUAGAUGCCACGUUACAAGGUUUAGUCAUUUGCUGUUGCAGGGGAGAAAAUACAAAAAAUGGUCGUCCCUCAGAACUUAUUUUUAGCUGUAAUUGGGUUGCAGAUGUUCUGCAUCAGCUCUCAAUGCAUCUGAAACAGAUUUACUAUAACGUCAGCCACACAUGGUCAGCAAAAGCUUGGGACUUUUUAACCCUUUACAUACUCAAAGAUAUUUCUAUUAUAUUUCUGUUAUAUUCAUCGAUAUUAAUGUUGAGAGAUUUGUCAAGAAAUAUAAAGAAUAAACCGAAAAACAAAAAAAAUGAGAAGAUGUUGGCUGGGUUCCCGUGAGACGAUGACAUAAAGAAAACUUAUUUCCGUUUUCCCUGGGCAGAGAUCCACUAAAAUACCAGUGUGUGUAGUAAUAGUGGCCGGGUGAAAUGUAGUUGUGAAAGUGCUUCAUCGCUAAAAAUGUUGUUCCUUAUUCACUUACUUGUGAUUUUUAGAGGAAGUGAAAGUUAAAGCAAACUUUUGUGAUCUUUGACCUAAGCGAAGACCGGGCUGAGGGAGCUUGUGUCCAUUUACAGAUUUGUUUUGUACUGGCAGUUCCUCUUGUCUUGACAAAACCCAUGCAGUUCUGUGUUCAGCAGCCUUCGUCUAAACACCCUCAACCUGGUUUUCUACAUCUGAAUCCCACAUAUGGCGCUAAGCAAAAACUAAAAUUCUUUUGUUAAGUCAAAGUUUACGAAUUUGUAAUUAUCUACCACAACAGGAUUUUAAUUAAGGUUGUGCAUUAUUGUCAAUUUCCCCCUUUGCAAAUAAAAGACACAGAGCUGCUGUAAUGACAAGUUUCAAGCUUGAAUCUGAAAUUGUUUUUUUCCGCAAGUGUGGAGAGUUAUAUCUCCCCCGGGCGACACUCGGUGUUUGCCUGAGCAUGUUCACAGCCUGUGGAUACUGUGUGCACAUGCACAUACUUUAUGUGAGGAAUUGUGCAACAUACAUGUAUCACCCUGCACUCAUGUGUUAGAAUGAGGAGGAUGUGUGUCCCUGUUUUGCUUUGGUCUGUACAUGCCAGGCUAAAUCAAUCAGAAAAAUACCUGCUCAGCAUCAACCAUUGGUUGUUUAUCUUCAUCAGCACUUACAGACCAGAAAAGUUGGCAAGCAAUUUGUCCUUUUAUGAAGAGAUUAGAGUUCUGGCCUGCAGCUCUUGUUCAUUCUUGACCAAAAUAGCUGACGUCUUGCUUGAAAGUAGUUUAAUCAAAAUAGUCUUUGGUUUUUACACCACUGAAGAUUGAUUUAUGAAAACAUGAAGAACAGCAGUUCUUUGGUUGUUCUGAUCAUGCUCUUGUCAUUGCCAGUCCUUUUGAAUUUGUGCUCUUUGGCUUGAUUCUUGCUUGUAUUUCUUAUUAAAUUGUGUUUUACUAGACUUUUCAGUACUCACCUGGCACAUUUCAUCUGCUUUGCCUUCAACCGGACAAAGAAUUGAUGUAAUUUAAUGACUUCCUGAACUGGCACUUGUAUGGCCAAAGACAGCUGUAGUUUAGACCAGCCAGGUUUUUUCUCUGUGUGUUCUUUUUUUCCAAGUGAGGUCCAGCAGAAAAGAGAACAUGAACAACUACAGAUGUAACAGAUAUCACGGUCCAAGUUAGCCCUUGUUCUGCAGAAAUUCCUGCCCCGCUGUAGACUUUGGAUCCUGACUGCUCUGCCAGAAAGCGUUGCUUUGGUCUUAUCUCCCUCACAGCGCCACACCUCCAUGUGAAAAUGCAGAAGUCUGGAGUAACUUGAAGCCAGCUGGAUGGAGGUGUCGAGUUCUUGAUGUCGUCAUCAUUGGAUCCAGACAGAACAGUGCUUCACAAUGCAAAGUAGUACUGCUCAGUGUAAGCAAACAGGUUUUUCCAAGUUAAACAUCGGAAUACGAGUAUAUUUAAAAUGAAACAAUAAAUCACCUGCAGUAAUUAAAGUUACUUUUCUUGGUUACCCUCAUUUGGGAUUGUUUUUAGGGUUUGUUGUCGUAGUCGUCGUCGCCUUCUUCCGCUUCAUCCGGGUCACAGCAGCUUCAGGAGGGAAGCCCAGAUAGCCCUCACCCCAGCCACCUCCACCGGCUCCUCCGGGGGGAUUCCCAGGUGCUCCCAGGCCAGGCGGGAGAUAUAAUCCGUCCACCUGGUCCUGGGCCGGCCACAAGGUCUCCUCCUGGUGGGACAUGUCUGGAACACCUCUAACGGGUGGCGUCCAGAAGGCAUCAAAAUCAGAUGCCCGAGCCACCUCAGUUGACUCCUCUGGACGUGGAGGAGCAGUGGUUCUACUCUGAGCACCUCCCAAGUGUCGGAGCUCCUUACCCUAUCUCUAAGGCUGAGCCCGGCCACCCUGCGAAGGAAACCCAUUUCGGCCGCAUGUAUCCGCGAUCUUGUUCUUUCGGUCAUUACCCAAAGUUCAUGGCCAUAGAUGAGGAUCGGCACAUAGAUCGACCUGUAAAUCGAGAGUCUCGCCUCACAGCCCAGCUCUUUCUUCACCACGACUGAUUGGUUAAGCAUCCACAUCACUGCUGACGCCUCUCCUUUUAAAAUGCAAAGAUGAACUUAUUUCAGGUCAUGUGGAAAUGACAAUAAAGAGGGCAGCAACAGCACUACAAGAUUCAAUGAUAGUCUGAGCUGCACAUCUAUGGAGGGAGUGUGAGAGUCAAGCUGCGUGUAUCUUUAGAUCAGGCUGUUAUGUUCUCUGCUCAUUUUUAGACAAGAAUUCCUCAAGUAUUCAUCCUCCCUUUAGUUUAGACAGGAUCCGAAAUACCUCCAGAGAUCAGAGUUAAAAAAAAAAAUUAUGCAUUUUUAGAUUCAGAAAUGAUUUUGAUGUUUUAAUGGCUUCAUGAUGUGUUUUUCUAAAGUCACGACAGCUGUUCAGCUACUGUACAAAAGAGAGUUUUGUUUGAUGUCUUUCACAUUGUGCAAAAGGUUUUUUUCAGGGGCAGAGUGACGAAUGUGCGUUUACGUUGACGAGACGAGACUAGACGAAAACGUUAGUGGUGGACGACGAACAGAGCUGCAAAAUUGAUGAGCAUUUCGUCAGUCAAAUGCUAAACAUAUAUUCUGCAGUGUUGUUUUCGUUGACGAUGACGUUGACGAAAAUUUCGUCCAACGUCAUCGUCAACGAAAACAACACUGAUCCAUGCAAUGUGGUCAGUAAUCUUUCUUUUCAUUCAGACACCUGUAUAAAAUCGGUACUCUGCGUUUGAUCUGUCACAUAUCCAGCUGUCAGAAAAUUGUGUAAGACAUUCUCCUUCUUACCCAUUGGUGCAUCUGGAGGAGAGACCAGACUGUUUUUUUUUUUUCAGAUUUAUUAAGUAAGAGGAAUACAUUCAUUAAGUACAAAAUGUAUAGGUCUAUGAUGAGACAACAGCUACUUCGACCUGUCCUGUCUAAAUUUUGUCACAUCAUAAUCUUUCCUGACAUGCUAUCUCCUCUGUGCUUUUUCCUUCAUAUGCCUUCAUACACCAGGAGGGGGUCAGGCAGGGGGACUCAGGAACGUGGGGAAGUAAAUUUGACAGGCCUCUUUCCAGGAAUGUGCCAUGGUGCUACAGCCUGCAACAACAGGCAACACAGUGUUUGGCCUGGGUAAUCGCUCAGGCUGUAAAUUACAAGGAGAGGGAUUGAGUCCUUUUAUUUGUGCAGUAGUUUAGGGCCGUGGUUGUUGUAAUCUGGGCUGGCACUCCUUGAAUAAACCAUCAGCUCUCCAAGGUAGCGCAGAGGAAGCUUAAUCGCUGCAGGGCUUUUUGUAAUGCGUUUCACUGAGACUCUAAAGUUCUCCAUGGAGAAUCGAAGUCACUUUCAGGAAGCUGCAGUGGAGGGUGGGAUGCAGAUGAUGUUUGUUUACCGUAGGAAAGGCUGAAUGUCAGCGUGUCUUUGCAGCACUGACAAUUUGGGCUUUGGCACAAACCUGAAUCUGACCUCAUUUACCCAUACGUUGCAUAAGCACCCAAGCCAACUGAACAUAUUGAUUAAGUAUUUUCAAUAAUCAGAAAAGAAAAUAUGUCAGUUGUGUUUUCUUUAUUUUUCAUAGCUCUGCAAUCAGAUAACACACACAGUAACUUGAGCAAGUUUGGGUUUGGAUUGAGAUGACGUGCACUCUUCUCUUACAUCUGUGGUGUAUCAGACGUUUGCAGACAGCUUUUUCUCAUCUUGAAAGAGAUAUCAUGUUGAAGUCCUCCUAUCUUUUUUCAAGCUGAUAAGAUGAUGGUUCUGCUGAGCCAAGAACUGAUGCAAAAUAUGUGUUUCUCCAUGAAGAAGUCACAUUAAAUACGGCUUUCUUUUUGAAUUUUAGUCCGUUUCGUGAAAGACACAGAUCUAUUUGCUCACACCCAAAGUGGUACAUUCCAGUUAAAUGACUAUAAUUGUAAACCAUGAAACUGGGUCACAGAAAAGCAUCCUCUCUACUUCAAGUUUUUACUCUUCAGCCUGAGUUAUUCGGACAAAGGUUUGUUCAUCAUAAAUUUUGUUUUUGAUUUUAUUCGAUCACUUUUAACUUUUUUCACUGUGCGGCUUUAUCGGGCAGGGUUAGAAUUAGGGCUGUAAUCAACCAAAGUAUUUUUGGUCGAUAUCAGCACAAGUAGGCAAUUAAACACAAAAGGCAAGUUGAAACGCUCAAAAUAAAAAGAAAUAUUCAGAAAACCACCGGACAUUACGUGGGCGCUCUUCAAUCUUCCUGUCUCCAUUAGUGUUGUGUCGUUCGCGAACGAUUUGUUCAAAAGAACCAAACCUUUUAAGUGUACGUAUUGAACCGAAUCACUUCCUCGAGUGAUUUGUUUGAAGUGAGAAACGGCAGUGCCAGGCCAGCAGCCGGCAAACGAGGGACCACAUGCACCAACGAUUUGGUCUUUUAGACCAGAAAUGCUCAAUGGGAACUUUUAAAACCAGUUCAGUUCUUUGCUAAUUACAUGUCCUGUCAGCUAACAGCAUAGUCUUGGCUGUUUUGGUGUUUGCCUCUUUACUGGCAUCCAUUUGUCAUGAAAAAACAGCCAAAUCCAGACUCUGUUCAUGUUUCCACUACAAGUAGUUCACUAAGAAAUGAUGCUGCAGAACGGCUUCGUUCAGGUUAAUCGUUUGUCCUUCAAACUUGUACAGUCUGUAAAUCUGUUCCAGGUGUUGAUGGCUCUCUUCCUCUUGGUGUGACUGAGUGUCUCUUUGGCUGAACGCCCAAACUCUACUUCUGUGUAAUGCAUUAACGUUAUCCCGACUUAUUUUGGCAACAGCAGUAAGUCGACGUGUGUUUUGUCAGCAGGUGUCAUGAAAGUGAAGUGACUGUCUUUACCUGAAGCAGCUUCCUGGCUGAGUUAUUAUUAAGGUGACAAUUAGUGGUUAAACAUGUCUGUCUCUUUAAGCCUUUGGUGAGAAGGAGGAGGAGUGUGUGUGUGUGUGUGCGUGUGGGUGUGUGCUUAAACUUGAAGUAUAAUUGAGCGUGUUUUACAGAUGCCACAUUAAACAGUUGUUACUGAGACGUCACAUGGUGAAACUGAUCUGGACAUUGGCACAGAGGUGAAAGUGGAGUGGUGUUACUUUCUGCCUACAGCCACAAACAAAGCCAGUGUUUACUGCUGCACUAUUAACAGAGGGUCUCUGUAAGGCAAUACAUCAAUGCAGCCGAAAACCAUUACAGGGUCAUGUAAUUUCCUCUAGUCCUAAAAAGACUCGACACUUAAACUGUAUCCAGGGAGGAAGGCUAUUUUAACCAAAAUUAAAGAGUGACUUUUAGGGAUGUUUUGCUGUGUCAUCUGUAAUGCGAUGAGUCAUUCAUUCAUCUUGAAGUCGUUUAAAGUCUCCCAAAUGUUUAAAUAAGGUUGAAUGUUUCUGUGAGAGUUUCACAGUCACAUCUUAAGCUCUCACACUUUGGAGUAUCAUGUCUGUGGAGUCUAAAGUUUUCAUUCUGAAAGUGGAUUAUUUUUGUGAAUCUGCAGUGCAAGCUCUAGUCUGUAAUUGUGUUUGGUUGAGGCAUUACUCAUGAAUAUUUUCAGCAUCUGUCGGCCAUGUUCACUCCAUGAAAGAAUGCAGAGAAAGAGCUUUUAUUGACUGUACCUGUGUAACAUGCACAUGUUGUACCUUUUCUAUUUCAGAGUGUACGCUUGUUCUCAUUGCUGUAUCUGCAAGAGGGAGAAAGUUUAAAAAAACGCUUUUUUCUCCACAUUGUCUCCCCUGGCUCCGGGAGUACAACGACAGCAUGUCUCCAAACAGGAAUUAGUGACUCACUCAUAAGAAACAUACUGGAAACUUUGAAUAUUGUUGGAUGAGAACAUAUCUCAGUGCAGUAACACAUUAGCAUUUCACAAGCUGUUGACUCAGGGUAAUGCAAACCUCAUGUUUUGUGCUUGUUUGUGGUUGAAGGAUUUUUAGGGCAGUUUGGAUUUGAAACACUUCUGGUAGGUCUUGGGUUGCUAGUUUCAGUUACCGGGUAUAAAAACAAAAGACAGACCCAGUUGGAUUAGAUGAUCACUUUCCCCUUUUUUUUUUUAAAUGUGGGAUAAUUUAUUCAAUAAUCUGAUGACUAAUGAAAGCUUUCUUCAUCUCUGGGACUGGUUUUAUUAACAGAUUAUGCGAUUGUGUUCUUGCAGGUGACUCAUAGAUACACGAUGAGGAAGUUCCUGUCAUCUGUCCUCUGGGCUCUGCUCUUCUGCUGCUGCUGCCGAACUUCACAGGCAGAGAUCUUCACUUCAAUAAGUACGUAUAGAAGCCACAUUAAGUUAUUUCCUUCACCUGAUGUGAUUUACACUGUUACUGAGUUUCUUCCCCAUGCCCUAGGAGGAUUGUCAAGACAUAGUCAGUAAGCUGUACAUUCACAUAAAAACCUGCACGGUAACUCUAAAGCAUGUAAGAUCUUCUCAUUUCCUUUUAAAAGCACUGUUGUUUAGUGCUUCACUAUCAGUCUCAAUUCACAGAGCUGUUAAGGAAAAAUAUGGACUGAUUCACUCUGAAGCCAUAGCCACCAACUCAUAAUGGACUACUUAUGACCUUAAUUUAGCAUCUUUAGCUUCUUAACAUAAAAAUCUGCACGACAGCUUUCAGCAGGGGUGUCCCGAUAUUGAUGUCGAAUAUUGGUCCGAUAUCAACAAAAAAACUCAAAUAUCGGAUUAUAUCGGCCUGCAUUUAAAAUCUCUGAUAUCAGCACUCCGAUACAACCAGUCCACUCCAGACUCCGCUCCAGUACCCCUAUCUAGCAGCACCUGGAUCCAGCAUGUAGAGCCUACGUGAUCAUGACAACAGUGUGUACUAAAAUACUAACAAAGUACCAAGUAGUGAGAGUGAUGUCGGCCCUGUGGCAGUAUUUUUCAUUAAAGUCUGAAAAAGACGUUGCAUUUGAGUGCAAAACUUCUCAUGCACAAGUUUGUGCUAAUAUCGGAUCAAUAUCAGUAUUGGACAAUAAUGAGGGCUACGUAUUAGAGGUAAAAAAGUUGUAUCUGGACGCCCCUUGUGUGACGUGUUGAAGUUUCAGCCAACAAAAUAUCAAAGUCAGAGACUUGAUCAAUUUCACUGAAUUUACCAUAAAAGUAAUUUAUGAGAUAUUGUCACUUUAAGUAAACUAACUUGUGUUUUUAUUAUCCCAUAGAUGUCUGCUUGGUUUGUGAUUACAUAUUUGUUUAAAAUAUAUAGAAAACUAAUGUAAUUUAUGAUCAUUUAUUUAGUUUAUUUAUUUAUUUAUUUAUUAUUAUUAUUAUUAUUAUUAUUUAUUUAUUUAUUUUAGUUUAUUUUAUUUAUUUAGUGUAGGGUUAGACAAUUAUUUACUUCAUGGCAUCACUGAUUUUACAUUUAACUCCUGAAAGUCUGCCGAAAUGUGGACUUGAAGCACUCACACACUUAGCGGGAAAGCACAUUGCAGUCUGUCGGCCUGCGCUGCUUCACCCAUAUGACUCCUCCACGUGCGCUUGUGCCUGAAAAACUCCUGAAAAGAGCAGCACUUUAAGAGGUCACAAACAGCGAAGAGUACCUAAACAAACUUAUUUAAAUGUCGUACAUAUAAAACUGGAGCUUGACACCCUCCCAGGAGUGUGUGCCAGGAGCAUCAGCAGAGUGCCGCACGUAGAAAAGAGGAAAGAGUUGUGCUCAGGAAUGUUUGUAUUUCCUUUCUUAUAAAAAAGAGUUUUUGGAUGGAGGAAGUGGCAGAGAGGCUUGUAAAGUUUGAGUUUGUUUACAGAGUUUAUUUUAAGGGAACUUGAAGAAAUAAAUGCGGUCUACUGGAUGUUUAAAAUGAACAAAUACGUCUUUAAUGGCAAAGCACUCAAACCCAGUCUGCAUGUUUUCUGUAGGUGAUAUCAACAGGUCUUGAUAUCACUUAGAAGAAUUGGCUCAAGUACCAGACAAACACAAAAAAAACUAUUGAUGAGUGUGCGAGGCAACUGAUUAAUUUGCUUUGCACCACUCAGCACGUUGCAUGAUAUGAGUACCACUUAAAUCACAUUGAUUGAAUGCACUUGGCUAUGCUAACUGCGUGCACACACAAAGAGUCCUAUUACUUCUCUUCCCUGGCAACCCUUGAGAAUUUAUCAUGAGCAAGCCUUUCCAUGGAAGUGUUCAUGGUGAAUGCUUCACAACAACUGUCCCCCCAGAAGGCUCAUGGAUAAAACCCCCACUGUUAUUUCCUCAGUAAUUCUAUGUAAUCACAGCACCGUAGCUGAAGCCUGAGGAUUUAUUUUUAUCGGAGUGUGAGUCUGAAGGAAAACUCACAGGAAAUACAUUUCUAGGCCGAGAUAUAAAAGUGAGGGACGUUGUUAGUGAGCCAAACUCAUAAUUUUGGAGCCUUAAAAUUUUUGAAAGUCCCUUUAAACUGAGCACAAGCUUUAUUCUCAAGCAGGACAAACAUAGCUUUUUCAAACCAAAGCAAGGUUAUUAAAGGGCGGUGAUUCAUUUGUAUGAUACUUUUAUGUCGGUAUCCGUUCAUUUUCAGUAUUUAUCUGCUGUGUCUCCCUCUGCAGGCCAGAUGACAGACCUGAUUUACACAGAAAAAGAGUUGGUCCAGUCUCUAAGGGACUACAUAAAAGCUGAAGAGUCCAAACUUGCUGCUGUCAAAAGGUUUGUCUCGAUACUGUGACUAAUACCAACUGAACUUUAUAUCAGCUGCAGCUGUCAUGUAUCCAGUUCAUGAAAAAAAGAGUAAAAGAGUCCAUCUUUAUAAUCCAUACAGUAACCUGUAGCUCUCUACAGAGAUUUCCUGUUGUAAUCAAGUUUAUCUGUCUCUUAGCUGGGCCAACAAACUUGAUGCUGUGACCAAGGUGUCCACCUCUGACCCAGAGGGCUACCUGGCCCACCCGGUGAACGCCUACAAACUGGUGAAGAGACUCAACACAGAGUGGUCCGAACUGGAAACGCUGGUGCUGCAGAACCCCUCUGAUGGUAAGGAGUACAAAAAGUCUCUACAUUUGUUACGGUGCUACUUCUUCUUGUGAGCAAGCUGCAUAUAAAGACAAAAGCUUGGUUUAUUAGAUCUGCCUUUCAACUACUUAACGCUGCUUUGGACAAAUUUUCAUCUGUUAGCUUCUACUCUCUUACCUUUUAUUUGCCACUGGAUGAGUUCACAUCACAACUGUAUAUGUCUUCACAUGAUGUUAUGCACCUGUAUGGCAGCAUUCAUCACUCUCUCUUUCUCUCUCGAGCUUCUUUCACUCGAAGCGCAGAGCAAGUGACAAGUGGCAAUUACAGAAUCCAGAGCCGAUAUGAGCAGAGUGGUUAUAUUUCUGCUCUGCUCUAAUACUCUUUUCCCCAAAUGAACACAAAGAGAGCACAAGAUGUCACUUCUCAGAAACAGCUGUUUCUUAUCUCUGCAUAGUUGGGUCGUGUUCUCAUUUUGUAGCCUAGUGUUUGUGCCUGUGCAUGUUCAGGCGGAGGAGGAAUAUCUGCAUGAGCCAGAUGAAUAAUGCAUGAAUAACAAAUGACUCUGUACAUGUAGAUAGAGAAAGAAAACACACGUACUGUAUAUUCAUGAUAUAUUUUGCUUAUGUAAUGCUAAAGAGAGAGUGAUGGCUUUAGUUGAUCAUUUCAGUGAAAGAAAAACUCAGUAGUUAGUCUAAAGUUAUGGGAGCAGUAAAUACAUGCACGUUACCCAUGUAUUGAGUACUAUUAUGAACGAUGUUUGAAGCCAUGAACAAUAAUAGUUGUCUGGACAUUGAAUAUAUAGAUUCUAGAUAUUGCACUAGGCACUUUAUGGCACUUAGUACUUUGAAGCACUAGGCACUUACUAUGCACUAAGCACCUUCCACCAGUGGUCUACUCUGCCUCUGUUUUUAUAUUUGUCGUGUUUGUCGUCCGCUACUGUAUUGUUGUCUGUUUUUUUUUUUUUGUUUUUUGUUUUUUUGUUUGUUUGUUUGUUUUUUCCUCCUGUUUUUUUUAUUUUUUAUUUUUUUUGUUGUUGUUGCUUUUCUGUUUGAGGACAACGGAUGGAAAUUAGCCUUAGCUAACUCCGGCUGGUUUACAAUGAGAAUAGACAUACAUAUUUCUUGUAUCAUGUCUUCUUCUCCUUGUCCAUGAACUGGUACUGUCCUGUCUAAAUAAAUAAAUAAAUAAAUAAAUAAGAUUACACUAGAUGAGCGACGCCACUCUUAACAACCAGAUUAAUGAUGCCAAUAUAACAUGGCUUUCAAAGGCUCCUCGUAUGAACCUGUUGAAUUUUAUGAACAGGAAACUUGAUUUCAACAAACUUGAUCUUGAAUGAAGUUUUUUUUUUUUUUUUUUUUAAUCUUUAUAUCACUGAGUUGAUGUAAAGUUCAAGUUCAUGUUCGAUGCCAGAGUUUUUUUGUACCGCUUGAUGACUCAAAAUACUUCCACUGCACCUGCUCUAGCUCUCUAAAUAUCCCAUCUGUAACAUACUGACUAUCCUGAUCUUAUUUUAUAUUCAUUUAUCUCCAGGGUUCAUAUCCAACAUGUCUACACACAGACAAUACUUUCCCGAUGAGGAGGAUGAGACGGGUGCAGCCAAGGCGUUGAUGCGCCUCCAGGACACGUACCAACUGGAUUCUGAAGCUUUCUCGAGAGGAAAGCUGCCAGGUGAACUUGUAGCAUUAGAGAGAGCUUGAAUACACGAAGAGGUGUAGAGCUGUGUGUGUUUAUUUUUACAAGUAAGAGAGGAAGGCGAACUGAGCCCACCCUUUGUGAUUGUUAACUGGUGUGUUUGUGUGAGUUUAUACCACUCCUCUCUGAAAAGCUGCUUUUAGGGGUUUGGAUCCCGUCACAGUCUGCAUGUUUUUGAAAUGAGUUCAUGUUGACAAAUCUUCACUUCCUCAAGAGAUAGAAGUUAUCCAAGACAGAAACCCUUACACUGAACGCAUACUUCUCCUAAAACUGAGGUCAAGAUCAGCAGUUGCUUGAGAUAGACUUGGAGUACAGUAACAAGGUUCAAAGUGUGGUCCCAUUUUAGUGGCAUCUAGACGUGAAGCAGUAAAAAAAACCAGAAGCAACAAAAGUGAGGUGCAUCAUAAUAAAAAGGAAGAAAAUGACACUGAAAUUAAAAAAGAAAAAAAAAUGGUUUGCUGUUGAAAUACUGCAAUGAAGUAAAGGGCAUUUCCACCUUUUUCUGUAUUCAUCCGUAUUAAAUGUCAAGAAUCUAUUACUGGUUGCACAGAGAGAAGUGUUUUACAGGUCGCAACUGAACCCCAAUCACUUACUUUGUAGUCCAGUGAAACAGUUUUGAUCUUACAACAAUCUUAAUGCUGUACAGUCAGUAUUUACUGUAAGUGGACUUUCCUCCCCCAGGUAUGCACUCCCAGGCCCUGCUGACAGUGGACGACUGCUUCGACAUGGGCAAGACGGCAUACAACGAGGCAGACUAUUACCACGCCGUGCUGUGGUUGCAGCAGGCCUUGAAGCAGCUGGACACCGGGGAGGAAGCUGAGGUUCCGAAGUCGGACAUUUUGGAUUACCUCAGCUAUUCUGUUUACCAAAUGGGAGACCUUCCUCGGGCCAUUGAGCUGACACGCAGGCUUGUGGCUAUUGGUAAGACGAAGAAUACACACACAUGCAUGCAUGCAGACAGACAGAAGAAUGUGGGUCGAGCCAGUUUGCACACUUCUUCACAUGAUAUAUACAUGAGGCUCUGUGGUUUUAAUUUAAUGAAAGAUUGAAAUAACAGUUUUAUUAAAGGGUCUCUGUUGAGGUUGUUAGUCAGAUCCUCUUCUACAGACCCCAGUUAGCUGACCUGUGCAGCCACAGUCCUCUACUGUGGGUUAAACGAAGGGUUGUCUUUUAACUCAUCUCUGGCUGCAGGGUUGCUUUACGCUUGAAUGCAGGGUGUGGUCCACCCACAGUAAUGGCCCGUGGUUUUGUUAUUUUAGUCUCUGCGUUAAAGGCUGCGUUGACAGCUGCAGGCCAUCUUCUCUGAGCCGUGCUACUCUUGUUUAGACAUCAACUGAAAUGAACUGAGGUGGGGCAGAUGGGACAAAUAUAGACCCACAUUUUGGUAUUAAUGCUACAAAAGAACAUACCAGUGAUGCACCCUUUAAAAAAAACAACGUAUGAGGAAGAAAGUAUUGUCAAAACUGAACAAAUGAUAUCAAACAGGAAUGAGAGGAGUGAGAUUUAUAGGCGGUACUGAUCACAACAUAGAGGGCAAGUAGCAAAAGUCAAAAAGUACUGACUCAAAACAUUAAUGUUGAGGGUUCAGUUAGGGUUGACGAUGCAAAAACAGAAAGAAAAUGGGGUAAAAAAGACUCUUUUAAGCCUAUCAGUGAGAGUUCAGUAUGGCUAUUUAGCUAAUUUAAAUGACAAGUACCACAUAGGAGUGGUUUUCCUAUGUAUUUAUUCAUUUAAUUGUUGGUUUAUGUCUCUUCUGUUGAGAAUGAUGAACCUUUUCUCAAUGAGAUUUCCUCUGUAAACAGAAACUUGGUAAGUUGUUGUCCUGCAGCGCACUCACUCAUUUGUGUUGUUUCUCCAUGUUUUGACUCCCACGUAGAUGGAUUAAAUUACUUCCAAAGAACGUUGGAGGCACAAACUUAGCUAAACCAAUACUUUGAGAAUGUUUGGUUUACCGGUGAUGUUCCCGUUUAUUUACAUGAGGCAGCUUUGCUCCUACAUGGAAAUGAGCCUGAAGCACAGUGGGUCGCUUCUAAUCUCUCGCUCUUAUUUCUGUGUGUUCUCUUAAAAGUCCACAAGAGGGAGUGCUCUCUUCACAUGUAAACACAGUGAUAGUGGUUUUAUACCUUGAACAUCAACAAAAAGAGUUACAGGAAAGAGUACAUGAAACCCCCUUUUAUUUAUCUAUUUAUUUAUUAUUAUUAUUAUUAUUAUUAUUAUUAUUAUUAUUAGUAGUAGUAGUAGUAGUAGUAGUAGUAGUAGUAGUAGUAGUAGUAGUAGUAGUAGUAGUAGUAGUAUUUUCAUUAUUAUUAUUGUUAUUAUUAUUAUCAUUGUUAUAAUGAUAAUGAUGAUAAUAAUAAUAAUUAUUAUCAUUAUCAUCAUCAUCAUUAUUAUUAUUAUUAUUAUUAUUAUUAUUAUUAUUAUUAUUAUUAUCAUUGUGUAGCUGGAUGUUUGUGUCUGAUUGAAUAAUUAUAAAAUUCUGAAAUAAUAAUUAUUCUCAAAUACCUUAUUUGGUAGAUUUAUGCAUAAACAUUUUUUAUCUGCAAAAUAAUACCAUAAAAAAACUGAAUAGUGGAUGUGAGGAAAUGAUGAUUUUCUUAAUCGUUACAGUUGAAGUAUUUCAUAUAGAUACUCAGGUACACGUACUGCACCUUUAAGUCAAUAAAUAUGCUUAUUACUUCUUUAUUGGGGCUGAGCUCAAAGAGGUGGACCACACAGAGUUAUCUAAAUGUUUUUUUUUUUUUUUCAUAAAGCAGAGUUAUAAAUGUGAUUACACCUCAUCUAAAGCAGCAUCUCUUUAGUGCUUAGUUUACCUGCUUUUCUUGUACUUGCAGACUCCAGCCAUGAGAGGGCAGGAGGGAAUCUCCGUUAUUUUGAACGGUUACUCACCAAGCAGCUCAAUGAGAUGAACCAGGAAUACCAACCCGCCUCUGAGGAGCCCAUCCAGCUUGGAACCUACAGCAGACCUAAAGACCAUCUUCCAGAGAGAGAAGCCUACGAGUCUCUCUGCAGAGGAGAGGGGCUACAGCUGGUGAGGAGAAAAAAAAAUUACUGAUGAUUUAUCCUUAUAGUUACUCAAAACAUACCUGAAAUAACGACAAUGUCAAGUACAAAAAACAGUUUUAUGUCAGAUUGAAUUUUUGUUAGAGGUCUUUUCAGUUUUAAGGAGGAAGAUGUUUGGAGUCCAGCAGGAUUAGGUGUAAAUUCUGCUUUCCUUACACUUUGUAGAAAGUCUGAUAUUAACGUCUGUAGGUAGAUAGAUGGAUGAAUGGAUGGAUAGAUGAUAUAAAGAUUUACCAGCUGCAAACGGGUACUAGUGCUGGUUUAGCAAGUGAAACUAGUUUUGAGGAGUUUUCCAUAACAAAUCUACUUACAUUCAAACUUUAUUUUAACAUGAUGGACAUGAUUUCAUUGUCACUUAGUGCCCUGUGUUGUUUAGAUUUAUAUGAAUGCAGAUUUGACCUAAAGUCCGUUAAUUUGUGUCUAUCCUGUAAAUUUUCCCAGAAUGAUGUAAGGCGCAGCCGAUUGUUCUGUCGCUACCAAGACGGAAACAGGAACCCACGUCUCCUGCUGAAGCCGAUGAAAGAGGAAGAUGAGUGGGACAGUCCUCAUAUCGUUCGCUACCUGGAGAUGCUGUCAGAUGAGGAGAUUGAAAAGAUCAAGGAGCUGGCGAGACCCAGGGUGAGACUGUAGGACCUGAAACUCUUUUACCUAUGAGUUCAAACUUUUCCUCUAGUCUUUUCUCAAAAAAAAAAAGCACAUCAUAAUCCUCUGUGUUUUGUUCAUUUUUCAAGCUGGCCAGAGCGACUGUACGUGACCCCAAAACAGGCGUCCUGACCACAGCCAACUACAGGGUCUCAAAGAGGUAAACAAAUGUUUACUCAUGAAGCCUUUUGGGGGGAUUUUAGUCAUAAAAAGAUGGACUACAAUCAUGUUGUCAGUUUUUAUAAUUUUCCAUCAGAACGGUGAAACACAUCAAUCACUGUUUGCUUUCCUGUUUUGCCUUUAAUCGGCAAAAAUCUGCCUCCUGCAGGAAAUGAAACAGUCAAAUGUUCAAAAAAGUCUGUGCAUAUAUUUGUGUGUGUCCUUCAUACUUAAACGUGCACAUAUUUUGUUUUUCCAGUGCAUGGCUGGAAGGUGAGGAGGACCCGAUCAUUGAGAGAGUCAACCAGAGGAUACAAGACAUCACAGGCCUCACAGUAGACACUGCAGAGCUACUACAGGUAAUGUAACACACAGUAUGCCACAAGGAAAUGUUUCAUGUGACAAUUAUUGCAGAGAAAAUUAUAUGCAGCAUGUUAUUACGACUAAAAUGUAGAACCAAGUAUGAACAACACUGGACAAAAAUGAAACCAGGAUGAGAUCACAUUGUUAUAUUGUCUUAUUGUCUCACCAGGUUGCUAAUUAUGGAGUUGGAGGACAGUAUGAGCCACAUUUUGACUUCUCGAGGGUAAGUCCACCUUUGUGUAUAUUAAGAUGACUGACUAAUGCUUUGACAUGGUUUCAUUAAAGUAAAUUUGUGGUGCCAAGUAACACAAAAUACACAACUCUGCUAGGGCCUCUGUAGUACUUGAAAACAGAUUAGGGAGGACUUUGUUUACGAACUUUUUAACAUGGAAAAAGUUACAUAUGAUCUCCUGGAGGAUAAAGAUCCAGGUCCAAACAUCUCGAAUAAGACGGUGAUAUCAAGACAAGAGAGAGAAAAGGAGAGAGAUUCCAUCCCGGAGACAUCUUAGCUGAAAAACACUCACAGCUUGAAUCCUCAUAAUCAUAGAAUAGACAACACCUUUUCACAUAUAUCCCUCUAGCAGGAAAAGCAUAAUCUGUAAAUACUCUGAUUUAAAAACAACAUGUGGGAGGAAAAUGAUUAACAGUUACAGCUUGAAGCAGUUAAAGAAUAAGCAACAAAAUGAAAGUGGAGACACAAAGAUGACUCUGAACUUGUUGACUUAAGCAUUUGACACUCACCCUGAGGAGGUGUUUGUUGUAGCCUGUGAUUUUCUUUUAUUCUAUGAACCAUAUUCUUGUCCUCUCCUCUUGCUUCUCCUGCCUCUCCAUCCUCCAUUUGGUGCUGAAUCACAUCCUUCCUGUCUGUCUCCCUGAAAUGAACUGUCAUUUAAAUGUUGUUCUUUCUUGUGUGAAGUUUUGUCAAAAUACAUCCACUAAUGAAUCUCCUUUGAUUCCAAUAUGGGCUUAAUCCGAAAGAGCAUCCCUCUCUGUCCAGUCGUCUGAGCUGUGUAUGAUGUCUGUUGGUUUUGUCUGCUUCUGGUACCAUCAAUGGUCCUGCCACUCCGAUCCAUUGUGAUGCUAACGCCAUAGUUAGCAUUUUUCUGCUGUAAACUGAAUCAUCUCUGUUUCUUUUCCCAUCCUGAAGGUAAAUCCUGGGGAGACUGAUCUAUUGAUAUGGCUUCUUGAAAGCACCUGCAUACUCUGAAGAGUAGUAUGCAGGAAUCAAGUUUGUCAGGUUUAUUUUUUUAUGAUUAAAAAAUUAUUUUGUUGAAUGUGUUUAAAUUAAAGAGCAUCCCCCAACUGUGCAAACGCUGAUAUUUCUGUGUCUGUCUGUCUGUCUGUCUGUCUGUCCUUUCAGUUUUUUGUUGCCCUCCUGAACUUUUCCAGCACGUCUCCGAUGUUUUGGAUUAACCAUAAACUUAACUGUCAUCCUGAAAUUUGGUCAAUAUGUUACAGGAUUACCUUAAACUUUUUACCUUAUCUCAUUAACUUUUUAAAAAUAGGUUUGUGCUGCAGAUCCAAAAAACAACCACCCAUAUUAAUCUUAUUAUCUGAGUCGGUUUUAUCCAAUACAAACAAGCCUUAUGGCUCCUCUUUCUUCACCCUGUUAACUUUGUCCAAGACGUGACACCGAGCUGACUGCCAACAUUUUCAGGGAGUAUACAGCCAGUGUUGUGAAACAUAGGCAGUGCAGAAGAUUGAAUAUGAAUUUAUGUAAUCAGGAUUAUUUUCCGUCUUCUCACGAGGAUGUCUUGUCCUCUGUCUGCAUAUCAUAAACUUUAAAUCACUGCUUUUUAACUUUUUCACUUUCUUUCUUUUUUUUUUUCAUAUUUUGAAGGUUGCUCAAAUUUCUCCCUCUCUUCUCAAGUCGCCAUAAUGUUUUCCAAAAUUUUGAUUAGUGUCUUUUUUUUUAAAAACACAUUGUCGGUAUUACUUAACAUUUAUUUUUCAUGUAAGAGAGAAUAAAGGGGUCAGUAUCCUUCCCUGAGGUGUCACAUUUAACAACCAAAUUUUCUGGAGAGAAUUUUCCAGUAAAACUUGAAUCAAUCUUCCGUUUGAAAAGUCUUUGGUCCAUCUUUUACAAAAGUAACUUUACAUGAGCUGAAGAAAUAAACCUUCUCACGUUUCUCCUGAGUUUCUCUCCCUCUUGGCGAGUCCCCUCUGAUGUAAUCUGAGAAUAAGAAUUAAACUAAAUGUAUUUGCCAACAUCUCCACCUCCCUCUAACUGUAACAGCUGUGAGCCUUAACAGUUGUGCAUUUACUGGACCUACUCUUAAUAUCGCUCCAUAAUCUUCUUCAUUCUUUAAAUGUGCUGCCAAGGUUAUCCCUGCCUUUUGGCUGGAAGAAUUUUAUUGUUUUGGCUUGUUUUUAAGGUUUCUCAAAAAGUCCUAAAAACAAGGACAUUUUACUCAUCGUGUAAACAAUUUCCCCUCAAUGACUUAUGAACAUAUAAAAAAUAAACCUAUAAUGCUGACAGUAAACGAUGAUAAAAUGUGUUGUCUUCUGAAUCAUGUCAUUGUAAAAGGAUUAAAAUAAAAGGACUCAAGUUUUGAUUCUUGAGCUAUUUCCAUCAUCAGUUCUGUGGGCACCGUUGUCCCUGAGGUUAGGGUCCAAAACAUGCUUGAAAAACAUCCCAAACCUUUGCUUUGUGAUCUGUGUUUGACAAACAUGUCUUUCUGUUUGAUCCAUGAUUUCCUUUUUCACGUCCGGCUCAACUGCAGAUGAUUUAAAGCUUCAUGUCCACUUCAGCAAACAUCUCUAAGACUUCUGCCUCAGCUUCUCAGUAACCACUUUCUUAAAAACUCAUCCUCCUUAAUGAAAGCUCUACAGUAACACCCUCUCUGUCUGACUCCCUUUAAAAGCUCAGUGUUUCUUUGAUUUCACCCCAGCAUGAUCCACUUCCAUUUACAUCUUUUUGUUGGACACAGCAUCUUUGUGUCAAAAUCACUGAAUAUGGUAUCAUCCACCCAUGCACAGUUUUCUGUGGAGCUAUCCGAACGUCUCUGCAAAGUGAUGUUUACACGUAUCUUUAUGUAGAUGUGCUUCAAAAAUGACAAAACCCAGGGGCUUCUUACCUGACUUGAAAAAAGUUAAAGCUCCUAUGAGGAACUUAGAGGUGGUGUCGCUCAAUAACAGAGCUGCAGUUUUUAUUUAUUUGUACAUGUGUGAGUAGUAUUUCAUGACAAAAAAACAAACUAUACUUCCUCAAACUCAUCAGAAAGCUUUAAAAUUAAAACUGAAAAAACAACUUCUGGUUGUUUCAUUCAUCAAAAUCACUACAAAGAGAAAUUCAACAAUGUUAAUCCUCUCUUUGCUGUAGUAGGAUGUAUGAAUGAUAGCUAAUAUCCUUUAUGAAAGGAAAUAUUCAUGCUGCAUUGAGUGCUUAAUGUUCUUGUGUUUUAAUUGAGCAUUAAUCAUAUUAUCGAUGCAAUGUGAUGUUAUCAGUUUGGUCUUAAUAAAACAUGUUAUUCAGUCAUGUUUUCUGUAAUAUAAGACCAUGGUUUUAAGUGCUAUGAUAAUAACUAAUGCCCUGCGUGGCGGGUUCCUAGUGUGAAUCUUUUUAGUGAUGAGUUAAACGUUUAUAAACAUCUGUUGCAGCGCCCUAAUGACAGCAACCUCAAGGUCGAUGGAAAUAGACUUGCUACCUUCCUAAACUACGUAAGUACCUGUGUGUGCGAGUACGCAGCAAUUUCACCUUAUUCUUUCAUUUUGUAAUUUUAUCCCUGUAGAAAGAUGAACCUGAUGCUUUCAAAAGAUUAGGGACUGGAAAUCGUGUGGCAACUUUUUUGAACUACGUAAGUAUGUGCAUCCGGUCGCCGUUGAUUGAAGGCUGGUUUGUGGCAGUCACUUGAAACCGUCAGAAGUCUCACAGAUAUAUGUAUGAUGACCAUGACCUCUUAAAGCUGUAGUUUAUGGUGGUGGUUAGAGAAACAUUAGCCACGUUUACAUGGGCAAAAUUUCUUGAUCUGACUAAAAAUCUAAGGGAUCGGAUAAUCCGAAUCCACUGUUUAUAUGGGUGCAAAAUCGAAUAAUCCGAUCAUGACGUGCGUAUACAUGCACCAAGUUUUAUUCAGAUGAGAAGCCUUUGGACAUGCGAGAGUUGUCUGAUUUCACUACAACAACUGCAGAAGAAAAGUUGUAUAGACGCCUGCGCUGUCAACAAACCAACAAACGUGGUCGUGGCUCACUUCAUCCAAUUCAGGAGUUUUCCCCUUGUUAGAUGCUGUCACUAGAUGGCGCACUUGCAUAUUUAUUUGACUGUUCUGUCAAAGGUUGCGCUGUGCGUGCAGACACGGCACCUGCGGUCGUGUUUUAUGCCAGAGUGUCAAUAAUGAAACCUCCUGUACUGACCUCAAUAAAUAAACCAAAGGCUGAAGAGUGAAGAUCGGAAUAAAUGUUUACAUGGAUGCAUUUCGGAAUAAUGAUCAACCACCCCUCUCAAUUGGAAUGCAACUUCUUUCCGACUGUACCAAUUUGGAUCAGAAUCUUCCGAUCAACAUAUUUAAAUGACGCAUUUUUAUUCCGAUUAUUUGUGCCCAUGUAAACGAAUCCAUUGUGGAGUGGACAUACUUUGAUUAGGUAAGAGCUUCAAUUAUACCGGUUAGUGUUGCUAAAGAUCUUGGAGUUAAAAAAGAUGAGCCAACAAUGAAAUUUGAUUUCACUCUGAACACAUGGAGCAGUCAACUUCUUAAAGGAAAACAAAAUCAAAAACUCUUGAUCACAUGAUUUAAAUAAAAAAAUCACUGGUUGUUGCGUUAACUGACAUAUAACUGUAACUCUUUGUCCCCACCACAACCAAAGACUGUUAUUGUCUUCUUUUAGUGUCUAUUUUAAUUGGGUCUUAAGAGGUUGUAGUUGUAUCACUUAUCUCUGUGAGGACCGGCUGCCUGACAUCUACGCCACAUUCUCCUUUAUUUUAGCUUCAUGGGCAGAUACAUAAGCUCUGGUUCAAUCUUGCACUUGGAUUGAUUGACUUUGAUAACGGUUGACUAAUUGGCUUGUUACAGUCACAAAUGGAGAUCUGUUUACUUUAUGUGUUUUGAGACAAAAAGGCUGUAAUAAUUCUAACAGAUUUUGGGGAGUUUUUUUUUUUGUUUCGUUUGUUUGUUUUGUUUGUUUUGUCAAUCAGUUCUGGUACAUAUUGUGGAGAGUUUUGUUGGCCACUCCCCAUUAACACACUGAUGCAAAAGACACAGUUUUUCCCUGCUAACACCGGCGGAAUGACCUUAGAGUUUUACCCUAAAAGAGAGGAAAAAAAACUGUUUCAGUACAGUUUGUCCUCUUAGUGUCAUUUCCCCCAAACUAGUAUGAUGAUGGUUUGUAGUUGACCAUUUAUCAUCAUAAUUUAAGUCAAUCUUAAGAUAUAGACAGUAUAAGGCAUGUUCAAUCACAAGUUACAACACUGUUACAGAGAAUUGAACAUGACUGAAGAUGGUGUGAAGUGAAGAAGAAGCUACGUAAACACUUUAGGUUUAUUUCUAUUUGAAUGUUUGGUCAAAGAAAAACAUCUUUAAUUCAACACUGAGUUUUUUUUUUAGAUUUGAGAUCACCUGUUUAGGUUAAUGUUUAGUUAAAAGAAAAAAUGUAUAUAUAUUUAUUAGUAUAUGCCCUAACAGGUCAUUGUAGUUCAGGUUUGUGAUAUUAAUUAGCUUUUACCUCUCAUCACAGUAUGUUGACGUUGUGUUAAAGAAUCUCUCAUCUUUGAUCCUGAUGGAGAACUGUUCGGUUUUGUGUUUCGUUACUUUUUUACGCUCAACUUUAUUUUGUGCAUAUUUUCACAGUUAACAAACGGUAAUUAGUCUGUAUUUAUUCUAACAACAUAUUAUGGAAUUAAGAUGUCAGAUGAGUCAGUUUUUCUCCAAUUGAUAAAGACAUACUUACUAUACAGAUGUUUUUUCUGAGUUGAAAGCAGCCGGUGAUUUUUAGAUAUAUUUUGCUGUGACUCAGAGUUUAAAGGGAUACAUCAGUGAAGUACUGAAGAGUGUUAUCAUCGAAGGAAAACACGGAGACCAACUUCUUUUAUUGUCCUUCUUAGAUGACUGACGUUGAAGCUGGCGGUGCCACAGUCUUCCCCGACUUUGGAGCAGCGAUCUGGCCCAGAAAGGUAACGAGGAGGCCUUUAAACCUUGGUCUCUCUCUUAAGAUCAGACAGGAUGUGGCGUCCGUGGUUAUGAUAAUAUAGAGUUAUAAAUAUCUUCUUUUUUUUGCUCAUAAUUUCAUGCCUGAUACAUGUACAUCCACUGAAAUAUUCUCUGAGCUCAAAACAACAAGCUCUGUGUGUUUUGACGUUCCUUCUCCUCUCCACAGGGGACGGCAGUGUUCUGGUAUAAUCUCUUCAGAAGUGGAGAGGGGGACUACCGGACCAGGCAUGCGGCCUGUCCUGUCUUAGUAGGAAGUAAAUGGGGUGAGUUAUUGUUAUUGCUGACCUGAGAUCAUCACUGAAGUAGACUGAAAGAGAGACCUGACUGUACUGACAUUGAAAAUUUUGCACUAAAGGCUUAUUGUGUCUAUUUUUUGUUGUUUUUUUAAUCUUCACGUUUCUCUGCUCUCCAGUCUCGAACAAGUGGAUUCAUGAGCGAGGACAGGAGUUCAGGAGACCCUGCGGCCUAACAGAAGUAGACUGAACUUAAACCAACACUUAAAGAAUCUGCAGAAACUCUCAAACACACAAUCUCUCAGUUGUGCCUUUACUCUGGUAGUGAUACAAUUUAUUCUAUGACUCAUUUUCUACAUUACUCUCAAACUAUCAGAAAAAAACAUAUCCCCCCGUGUUUACCCACACCUCCAUAACGAGAUUAAGAUUGAGGAAUUAAAUUCAAAUUUAAUAGAUUUAAUAGACUUUUAUGUCAAAUUCAGUUAACUCAUGAACACUGCAGUCAUUUCAGGUCACUCUUUUUUUUUGCCUUUGAAUAGUUCUUUUGAAGCCAUUCAGAUCAAGCUUUAUAAAAGUAACCUGAUUGUCCAAAUUUCUGAGAAUUGACACAAAAUACUAAGAGGGAAAACCCUGCAAAUGUGUUAAAUUCUUCAAACAAAUCAGAGGUAUUUGCAUUCUACAGAGCCCGGGAGGUGACAUAAAAUUUUAUUUUUUUAAAUUUGCAUGUUUUGUAUUGUAAAAUUGUAUCUUGCGCAUGCGUUUUUGUAAAUAAUCCUCUGCGUGCCUCAUUUGUAACAUUUUCUUUUAUUUAGGUACGACUCACAGAGAGAUACUUGGUAGCUUAGCGAUAUUUGGUAUUGCUUUGAGUAGGAGACUCCUCAUCAGGAUCCUUAAAGCACAGCGACUUUGCCACCAGCGAUAUUCGGAAGUGAUUUUGUAUAUUAACGAACAGUUCAAUCGCACCUGUGAUAUAAUAAAACGCACGUGCGAGAUAAUAAAUCGUACGUGCAAAUUAAAAAAAAAAAGUUAAUGUCACCUCCCCGAGUCUGUAACAUUCCUCAAACAGAGAGGAAAAUCAAUUCAGUAGUUUGUUUAUUUGGGGGGAAAAUAAAAUAAAAUCCAGACAUAAUGCUUUUAAAAACGGUCUGCUUCUGAGCUUUGCAGUGAAUUUGGAUAUUACAUUUAGAACUGCGCUUUAACUAGCUGUUACCUCUGCUUUUAAACACAAAGACAUCUUCAAACUCUUUAAAAACAAAAGCAGCAGAGCAUUCAUUUCCACUCAUUCUCUAUCAUUUACUUUCAAAGUGUCUUACUCUUUGUCAAUUUUGUCGAACUUAAAAUCAAUUUCCUCAAACCCUGUUCAUGACGUUUUUAUUAUUUAUAGUGUUUAAAUUAUUACACUGUUACAUUGUGGAUGCUCUUUGGGCAAGAUUGCAAACAAACCAGUCAAUAAACAGUGUCUUUUAUUAGAAUGUUUUGUGCCUGUCUUGACUACUUUAAAUCAACCCGACUCUGUAAUCAAACUGUCCUUCUAUUAUUUCUGACCUUCAGACUAUCCCUUGAAUCUUUGCCUUUGAUGGAGCUCAGUAGAUUUGUCGAAUUUUCUUUGGUUUCGCACAAAUUGCAAACUUGAAAUAAAGAAUCACACAGCCUGAUUCAGAAUUGUUUUUGGCCCUCAUCGCUCAUUUUUUUCAUUCGAAACGACUUUGAGGCUGAUAUUGUCGAAUAAUUCACCUGUUAGAGAUGAGACAGGCCUAAAGUUACAUAAAUUUAAAAAGAGCGGGCCCUUUAAACAACUGUUGGAUCGCACAAACAGUCUGCUAGACAUCACAUCAGCAGAUUCCUAUCACUGAAUUUUCCCGCUUGGCUUCCCUGUCCGUACACAGUCGGUCUGGCUCUCAGUAAACAACAAGGCACCUGCCAAAAUUCCAAACUGGAGGCUUCAAAAUGGUAAUCCACAAACAAACGGGUUAUCACGGUCGCUCGCUUUGUCAGCUGCGUUAGUACGGUCUGAUGUUUUUAAAGGGCCCAAACACCAGUGAGUUUUCUGGCUAUAUUGUGAAAUAAUUAAAGUUCUUCGUGCCUUAGACAAAUCAAUACUAAUCAUGUAAUUGGAAUGAUAUUUGUAGUCAGUAGAGCUGCCCUCAAGUGGGUAGCUGUGGAACUGCAGUUUUUUGUACGCCCAUAUUGGCUUCAAUUUUAAACACCAGAAGUGACCUUUUCUUAUGAUCUGAUCUCAAAGUGUUUCCUCUCGGGAAAAUUUACCUCAGACCUUUCUAUCUGUAACUUUUUUAAAACCCUGUCACUCUUUUUUGCAGCUCAGCAUGUUGACCAGGAGAUCACGAGUGAAAAAGGAAACACAAGUCUAAUUUCUUUAGUCGCAAACAGUCAUUUAGACUACAGGAGUGUUUGCUGGAGGUCAUUAUAUAUUUCUUAAUGGUACAGAAUUUAUAUUUGAAGUAUUUUCUUUAUUUCUUUAAACCUUAAUGCUUUGAAUGUACAUAUUUAUUUUAAAUACAUGAAAUCUUUAAUAAGUUAUUUCAUCAAAUUUGUUAUGAGAUGAGUCUGUAAGCUGUUUGCUGAUGUGUAACAUACUCAUCCACAUUUGUUCUCUUCUGAGUCUGGAGUUGAUUUUUUGUGGUGAUCUUUUUUGCCAACAUCGUUCUUGUGGUUUUGACUUGAUUCCUGCAGUUUGGCUGUAUUCUUAGUGAUCCAUCUCAGCACUUCUGUAGUUAGAAUUGAUAGUUCAGUGGUGUUCAUCUGACCAAGUUUUAAUUUCCGAUGAUAUUAGUAACUUCAAAUUCACGAUUGUUUUCAUUAAAACGUGACCAAAAAGUUAUUUUUUAUCUAAAUCAAUUUCAGAAAAAUUAAUAUUCCUAAGAGUUUCAUUUUUUAUUCACGCCUAAACUUAAAACUGGAGAUUUUCUCAUCUCAUUAAGUGAAUGUUCCUCGUGACUGCUUUACUCAGGUCCAGAAGAAUUUGGUAAGAGAUCCCAGAGCUUAAAUUUGUGAUCUAACAUGGGGGAAGGUGUGGUGCAAUUGGCUAAAAUUUCCAAAAAGGAUGGACCAGAGGGAUUAUGGGUUUUAUUUAUUUGAUUUUUUUUGGAAAUGCAAACGAAGCACCAUGUUCCAUUCUUUUCACAUUUCUUACAGCACGUGGAAUGAGUAACCCAGUCCAAAAGUAAAAGUCAUUUUUUCAGGUCCUCAGAGGCCGCUUGUAUAAGCAGCCUUUGAGAACCAUCAAAUCACAGCUGAACUGAGGGGCCGAUGCAGACUUUGGUGGAAUAUUAAAUGUCUUGUAAACAAUGAACUAAUAGUCUAUCAAAGUCUUAUUAAAUGGAUAUCUGUGAUCUUUUAUAAGUCCAAAUGUGAGGAGUUACACACAUAAUGUUCAGCAAAUGUUAAACAGACGUUGACCAAAUGCAGAGAGGAUACUUCCGCUAAUUUUACCCAAUGCCCAAUCCAACCCUGAGGCACAAUACCGUACAAGUGUUUGUUAGUGCAUUUACAUUGUAAUUUAAGAUGCACACACCACUUUAAUAUGAGAUAUAUAAAAUGUUCAUGUUUCUCCUCCUUCGCCUGGUUUGAACUUCCUCAAAAGUUUGUGUUACAACUAGAAGAGAGGAGAGGAUCAGUUGUGUUAUCAGUAAUAUCCAUAACAAUGACCCAGAGUCACGUAUUCAUGUCUGUCUCCUUCCAACGGAUGAUGGGAGAUGCCAAACCAAAUACGUGUCGAGUUUUCAAGCCCCAGCAGGAGGUGAGGGAGUUGCCGUCCUUUCCCAAUCUUUGUCUCUUCUCUCCGUAAUCAUGUCUCAAACAGUCUCAGACAGUUGAAGUAUUAGAUCGUAACAUUUAAGGGAACUUUGACCUUGUCUGUAACUCCAGACCUGCCAUUUUUUUCUUACCUUUUGGCACUUAUUUGAAAUUAGUAACUCAUUCCCAAAGCUCAAAAGAAACAUUUUCCAUUCCUUGUCUUACGUAAACUGUCUCUGAGAAGAAGAAAAUCACAGUUCAACACAGGAGGCCUGGCAUACAUGGAUGAAAUAUUAACCAAGCGCUUGCAGGGAUAAAUCAUUAUCAAAUUCGAACAGUUUGCACAGUUUAAGCACCAUCACCGGGAGAAAACCACAAUUAGAACUUGUUAUACACCUCUACUUAACACUCACCUAGUUGUGUGCAACCACUCAUGUGUGUCCCAUCGAACUUCUGUGUCACUGUAGACGGGCCAGAGGGAUAUCUAACUAAACAUGCACAAGUCCUAUUUUAUUGAAGUUGGGAUGUUGUGUUAAACAUAAAUAAAAAAAAGAAUAUGAUAAUUUGUAAAUCUUUUUCACCUAUAUUCAAUUAAAUGCACUAAAAAGACAAGAAAUUUAAUGUUCAAACUGAUAAACUUCUUUUUGGAAAUAUUUACUCCUCUUGAAUUUUCAUCAGCUUGAACAUUAAUUCAGUCAAAGGAUUUAGAGAUCACUAUACUCUGUUUUUAUUCACGUUUCACACAAUGUCCUGACAUCAUUAGAGUUGGGGUUUGUAUUUAAGAAACAUUUUAGAUUAUAUCACUAUAAAAAGACAAAAGUAGGUCUGCAGAAAAGAGGGCAUGAAGUACUAUUCUGACAAGACACAUAACACCAGUUAAUGCCCCACCCUGUCCUCUGCGGAGCAUGUUUGUCCAGAGACUGUUGGCGCUACGGCUUAAUGAACAUACAUGUGAGGGGCACUGUGAAAGGAAAUUGUCUCGUAACAAAACUCAGAUGGCAUCAUUUCCCAAAAGGAUAGAAAAAAAUAACAAAACAAUACAAGAAGUAAUUGAAUUCCGGGUUGUGCUGAGAUAUGGCAUUCAUUACAGUUAGACAAUAGGGACCCUGACCUUCAUCCACCGAAAUGUUCUCCGGCUCGUCUUUGAGUGCAAGUGAACGUUUGUGCCAAAUUUAAAGCUCAUGUCUUUUUUUAUGUAUGUAAGGAUCAAGGAAAACCGUGCGUACAAGAAUGGAAAUUCAACAAGAGCUUUCUCUUGUUCAGGGUAAGUUGGCCCUUGACCUUUUGGAACUAAAGCCAUCACUUUAUUGUAUUUUUUUACCAUUAGAUAUCUUUAUAAAAUGACUUUAUGAAUUUGUGAGUUAAAUUUUGUAAGCAUCUUAGAUGGUCGUACGGAUGGCGUGUUAACUAUUAAUUAAUUAAUGCUCAUUACAAGGCUUUUAAAAAGUGUUACCAAAUACUGUCUAAAAAGUGGAAAUCUUCACCCAAUUUAAAGAAACUCCCAUGUGUUCAAGAUAUACUUAAAGGGAUAUUCCAGCGUAAAAUUAAGUUAGGGUCAAACACACCGAAACACUGAGCUAGCAGAUAGCAAUACAGAGAGCCAUGAGCUCAACCAAAACGCCACUCUGUAGCCAAAAAUAAUGCUCAGAACAGCACCUAACUUCAUCAAUAGCACAUAAAGGGUCCCAGCCAUAGUACUCACCAUCAAACAUCUUUUAAGCUUGGCCUGGUUUCUUUAUCAAAGAGACUAAACACAACUCACCCUCUCUCUUCCAGCAGCCGUACUGACCAACCGUACUACCAACCACAAAAUGGUUUAAAAAGUACCAAAAAUUAUCUUGUAUUUUUCAAAGUGAGUUAUUUUUUUUUGUUUUUAUUUUUUCAUUUCAAAGUAGAUUACUAUGAGGCUCUUGUUAAUAGUAAUUGAAUAACUCAGGGGAUCUAGCUAAAACAGAAUCGGGAUAAUAACUUCUGCAGACAGUCUGCUUGACCCAAACUCUUGACUUAGUUUGUCUGCGCACUUUCUUUAAAAAUGUUUGAUUCUGUCUGUUUGAAAUGUACCAUUUGAAAACUCAUUUUUGCUCUAUUCACAGAGUUUUCCUCCGCCUGCACUAUACCGCCUGACCAGAGCAACACAAGAAACAAAAUACAGUACAAAGUUUGGAUCUGCUUGCUGAGUCCCUCAUGAUUAACUAUCCUCAGUGUUCUCAUUUGUCUUUGUUUGAUGUAUACACGUUGUUUGUCAGUACAAGUGUUUAUUCCAAGUAUUUUACAUAUGUUGUAAAAUGUACUUUGCCUUCCUUGAAUUUCAGUGAAAGCAUCAGAACACAUUAAAAAAGUUAUACAGCAGAAGGCACUGAAGAAUAACAGAUGGAACAGCUGCAUCAUGACAUAUGUAGUUGCAGCUUCUAUUCAAAUGAGGUCUCCUGAGGUGAUCCCUGUCUGAGAAAGAAAAUCUAACUGUAUUGCAUAGGUCUGUUCAUGACUCACUGUCUUUCAAAUAUUGCAUUAUGUGGAUGUUGUUACAUCCACAUAGAAUACCAGACAUCAUCCAGAAUCUUUUUAUGGAGGAAUGUGUUUUUAUUUUUUUUUUGCCAUCAGGUUUUUAUUUUGUUAUUUUGGAAAUGGCCCACAAACACUAAGCAGAUAAUCAUAUCCUUCUGUGUCAACAGCUGUUUGUGUUAUAAUGAAAUGUCCUGCCAAUGCUUUAGGACAUUUGUGUGUCUUAAUAGAAAAGCAACUUUCUGGUUACUCAACCUCUCAGCUCUUACAUGUGUCUCCAACAAAGAAAUGUGAAUGAUCUAAAGGACAGAUAAUGUAUAACAGUCCCUGUGUUUGUCAGUGAGUAGCAAAAAGUUACCGCUCAUUUUAUUACUUUUAAAUUUUCACAGUGAGACAAGACGUCAGGACAAGCUGCUCCUCUGCCUUCAUGAGAUGGACACCAGAUGAGACUCAGCGUUUUUCAACAGUUUCAACUGGUAAAAGAGGUAAAGAUGAAAAAUAAAAUAUUCACACAGCACAGUAAACUCACAUAUUACAUAUUUCCUUAUUCUCGUUGUUGGAGUAAAUGUACUGUGGUAGCUGUGCAAAUUUGUCCAAUCAAGAAAAGUCUCUUGAAUGUACCCUAAACUCAAGAGGGAGUCAGCAACUUAGGGUUGAAUAUUGAAAUAAGAGUUAUUUUUAGUGAUUUUCUCUGUGUUUAUUAAAACAAACUGUUCCGAGGGGGUUUACCCAAUCAAUUCCAAAUUUUACGGUGUAUUAUGACAGAAGAUUAAAAAUUAUCAAAGGUUUUUGACUUCAUCAGUGGGUGUGGCUGUGGCAAGCCCUUAAAAAUAGUUGUUUUCCAUGAAACAAGAAGUAGUUUUUCCUCAGCCAAGCAUGCUCCAAUCAGAUAAAUGUGCACUAAACAUAGUGAGGGUCCAGGCCUUAACAGUCAUAUGCCAGUACUUGGUCCCAGUCAUAGCGCCUCCUAGAUGCAGCAGGAAAUAUAAGCAUGACAGAAUUAUCUUGAGAUGUUGGUCUUCAUGUGUGCCAAAAACUGAGUUUUCAUUAGCACAGUGUAGCGAGAUUCGAUGUAAUACUCCCCAAGACAUUUCAAACUAUCCUAGCUCAGUCCUACAUCAACAAGUCUCCGCAAAAUUCCCUGUGCUUAUAAAGGGUCCCAGUCUGAACUAUCGCUCUAACUUUUUGUGUAGGUUACAGAGGCAUUUGAAAUAUUGCACUUAAAUAUUAGAGUCAAGGGAGAUUUCUUGCCAAAUCAGCAGUUUAUCUCUGGAAAUAAACCAACAUCAAUGUAAUGAAAUCUCAAUGCAUGCUGUUUCACAUCUGUGUGAAAAUACUUAUUUGUUCGUAACUUUUUUUUGGUGCACAGUUCAGGCUGUGGUGCAUUUGAGUAAAUUCAUACAUUCCUGCUCUCUGGCUUCGUUUUCUUUUCUCCUGUUACUUCAAUAGUUCUCAGCUCUUUGAAAUACAUUGCUCCUCAGGCAUCAUUACAUAAUAAGUUUUCAUAACCUGGUCAUUCAUACGUUAGGCAACUGAACCUCCUCACCUUUCCUUAGCUCAAUUUUUAGCCUGCAAAACCAGGACAAGUGGCUUUGGUUGACCGCAGCUCUGUAAUAUAGAGGGGAGCCCCAUCUGGCUGCUUCACAAAUGCCUACAUACAUUCAUAUCCUGUUAGUUUGUAAAAGUGACUCCAACAUCAGCAAAAUGAUCAACUGUCUCACUUUUUUCUCAGAUGGCCCCAAAAUCAAUUAAACCCGAAGGUUUCUUGUUGUACCCUUGAAUAGCCCAACUUCGACUGAACAUGAGAUUCUGUGAGAAACACAAAUCCUGGACUCCUAGGUUUCAUGAUCUUAUCAAGCUACCCCGACUUCCUGCUCACUCAGAUAUUCUGUCUCUUCAUACUAAGUCAUCUGACUUUCAUUUAUAAAAGCAACCUCCUAACUGAAACAAAUUCAACACAGUCAGAGUCACAGAAAAUCCCCCAAAACUACUGUGAUACCCCA